UCUGAGGCUUUUAUUAUUUUUUAAAUUGUUGCAAUAUGUCAACAUGAGAUCUGCCCUCUUAACACAUUUGUAAGUUUAUAAUGCAGUAUGGUUAACUAUAGGAACACUGUUGUACAAUAGGUCUGUAGAAUUUAUUCAUUUUACAUAACUGAGAGUUUAUAAUAUAGCAUCCUCUUUGUUUUACAUAAGAGCAUCAACAUGGAAAUAAACAAUUAAAGUUUUCUAUAUCCAUAAAAUUCCCAAUGGCCCGAUUCCACUCUCUCAAAGGAAACUUGUAACUCAGCAUUUGUCAUUCCCAUGGUAAUAAUGCCAAGAAGACACUCUCCUAUUUUAGCCCAAUAAGAGAAGUAAACUCUUCCACUGUUUUGACACUCAAACAGAUAUGGACUUGAUUGCAUAAGAGGUAAGGAACUAAUUUUUAAAUUUGCCAUAUUCCUUUAUUUAGCAUUACAAAUAUAUAAAUUCCUUUUAGUCUUGAAUAAUUGAAUUUGUGGGAACUCAUCUAUUUGAAUGGAGCAAAACGAUUAAUGGUGCACGCUUCAGGGUCAGAUGGAUACUGUAUAGGUUCCAUACAAACUCAGUUGUGACAAAAUAGAUUUAUCACCUUAGGUAAAUUCACAUAAGUCUCAAUUUCCCUGUAAUUUGAGGACAUAAAAUUUAGGUAGGCAGGUUGUGAACAGGAUCAACUGAUAUCCUGUUCACAAUAUUUAGUCAUUACUUAACACAUGGUAGCUUUCAUCAUCGUCAUUAUCAUCACCAUAUGCAUCUAUUUUAUUCUGUACUAGAUUCUGUGUAGAUGCUGGGGAACAACAAUGUAUAUGACAACAUAUCUCCUCUAAGAGCUGACAGUAUAGUAGCAAAGGCAUAUCAGCAAAGAAAAAAUAGCUUUUAUCUAUGUUAAAAAAAAUACACCAACAGAUUGAAUGCUAUGCUCUAGAGAAGUAAAAAGUGAUCUGAAAAUGGCAGUUUGUAGAGAAAGGAUCUUAAGGAGGGAAAAGGAUCAAGAUAUUUCCAUCAGAAGAGAUAGUAUAUAUUUCAAAUUCAGUUAUCAGAGAAUAUAAAGACAUAGACAACACUGGAACAAUGCUGUAGUUAUUUUAAUUUGGUGGUGAAAUAAGGCUCUUGAAUCUGACAGUACCUUUGAGUCUCAAUAGUUUAUUCUCAAUUCUACAGAUAGAUCUAAGAGUACCAAGAGUGGAUAUAUCCUCUGAUCCUGAGGUUUGCUGUCCAUGUUUGUUAAAUAUUUUCCCCCAUAAAAGCAAAGUGUAAAAGGCUGGGAGGAAAAGGGUGAUCCCUAUCCAUUUUUUGAACAGGAAACAGAAAUCUACAGGUGCUCUUCUUUUUUAGGGUACUUAAAUGUCAAGAAUAUUAUGCUGUGGAUUACCACGACUGCCUACACAUACAUCAGAAACUUAAAGCAAGUGAAAAAGACUUCGCUAUGGCUGGUACAUGACUUUCUACAUUUCCUACCACUAUAAGGCACCCUUCAGACAUUAAAGUUAAUGAAUGUGUGAAUAACCUAUGUUUAUUUUAAAGAGAAACUUUAGUUGCAGACAGUGGCCGGCAUACCAACCAUAACCAAGAAAGAAAUUUCAAGUCAGAACCUUUUUGGAGAACAGGCUGCUCUAAAUUCUGAAUUUUCUUGAAUCAAGUGAGUCUCUUGAUUACAGCUCUGCAAUUCAUGUCUCAAUAGUCUGCCAGAAUAUUUUAUUGGUAAUUGGAGGCUGAUAUAAUCAGAAAUCAUAAGUUAAAGAUGGCCUUUUGUUGGGAUUAUUUUAUUAUAAUUCUUAUUCCCACUUCAUUAUCAGGAACAGUCAUUUAAUAAUUAGGAAUAAGAAUUAGAACUCGAAGAAGCAUCAAACAUUGUGGCAAGCAGACAACGUAUAGAUUCAUACCAGGUUCCAAAACACUGCCGAACAUCUCCCUCUUGAAAGGCUGCAAAAGAGUCAGUGUCAAAGAUACAUUUUAGGAAAUCAAACCAAAAAACUCAAUCCUGGCAAACUAAUACGCACGCAAAUAAAAUGCCUCUUUUUAUUCCUUAGCAUCUCACCACCGAAUUCAUUAUUCACUUCUUUGUGCAAGCUGCGCGGUUUAGCUUCAAGCUCUUCUCUUAAUUGCACCAGAAGUUAAGUCUGGGCGUUGGAUACACACUCUAAAUCCUUACGCGUGGGUCUGUGAGCAGCCUUGAGCAGCUGAGCAAGUUAGUGGGAGGGGAUCGCCAACUGUCGGCUCGCUUCAAGUGGCAGCCUCCAUGGAUCCAUCACCCCUAAACCCACAGCUCCUGUCAGUGCCUCCGCUAGAGUCGGCUCAAACAGAAUCCAACCAGGUUCAUCCCUGAAAUUCAGACUUGUGCCUGAAGUCACCGGUCCGGAGCCCCUGGGAGCCGCAACGCUCACCGUGGAAUACUCUGGAUCGAUUUCAGAGCUGUGAGUGGCGCUGCUUGCUAGAGGUCAUCCUACAAGUUUCAUCUUUUGUAUUAAAUCUUCACUUCUGUGACUCCAUGUUUGGCGCUCACGUACUCGGUUCCCGGCAAAGUCAACCGCCUUCAGACUUGAAGAGAAACAAUCAAGAGCUCCUUUGAUUCAGAGGAGAUUCUCGAUGGAGACUUUGGCGGUGGGUGGCAGAGCGGUGCACCCGGCACCAGAGCAAAGGAACCUGGCGCCAUCUCCAAGCUGGGCAACUUCGCGUUUUCCGCUAGCAGAUCCCAAGCCAUAGAUAUUCACGAAGCCCCAGAGGGGAGAAAUCCUCAGCAAUCCUCAGUCUGUCCCACACGUGAAAAGGCAUGGUAGUGCUCUAUUGGAAUAGACACACUGCGCGGAGCACAAAUGCAAAUCUUGGUUUAAAAAAAAGCACAGAAAACAAUGAGCAAAAGUUUACUUUCUGUAAGCAAUUAAUUCCUGCAGCGCAGGCCCAUUCCAGGUAAAGCAAACUUCUUCUGGGAAGCUCCUUUCCUGGGACUUGUGGAUGACCCGGGGCGCUUCUAAGAGCAAUGUCUCUCCUGCUUGGGGCGCCCCAUCGGUGCUGCACCCAGUGAUUCCUCCCAGCCGUCGAGGGAAGAAAAAGAAGUUGGGACAGGAGCUAGUCAGAGACCCGGACAGCUACUCCUGGUGAAAAACCUUGGAAAUGGCUGCUAAAGGGGUUGGGUCUCCAGACUUUUAAUCCCUCCCCUUUCUCCAGCUGAGCCUUUCACCUGCUACCGUCCAGUUUACAAUAUAAGCGUAGACCCUGAAUCAACCCAGUUCCAAAAGCUAAGCAUUACAAUUCCCGAAGAAAAUCAUUUUAAAAACAUCUAAGUGAGUUUCGGGAGCUUCUUAGGGGAAAUGUUACGGAAGCAGUGGGCAGGAAAGGUGGGAUGAGAGGGUAUUAUGUCCACGAAGCGAUGUGUAGGCCCCUCUAUUCGAAGUACCUCGGGGAGUCCCUCAGCUUCCUAGCUAGCUGCUGCAGCCACUCCAAUUCACCACUACAGAAGGGGCGGAGGUGGCCCCUGGGGAGUGGCGAUGGAAACCGGGCUAAUCUUUAGUCUGGUGACCUCUCGCUGGGUGCCGAGGGGGUGUAACUGGCCUCAAGAAAACAGCCAGGGAGUCGAAACGCCAGGCAGGGCAGAGAACGGAGAGGUGGCCCCAACGGACUUAAGGGCAUGCAGCGAGGAACUGCCUGCCUGCAAUCAGCUAAUUAGUGAGGCUUGAUUGACUCUUCCUGUCCUUAGCAUCCUUGGAACCCCUACCCCUCCUCACGUCUCCCUACUUUACGCUCGCGAGUGGCCCGGAGUCGCGGGCACAGGGCUGGGCGUGCGUGUGUGGCUGUGCGCGCGCGGGUGUGCGCGUCAGUGUGUGUGCGCAACCCGAGCGCGGAGCGGGGCCACCGAGCCCCAGCCGUCAGCCCGGCGUCCCUCCUUGCAGCUGCCUCCGCCAAGCCUCCUCACCUGGCGCCUGCCGCCCGCCCAGCCCCGUGCCGGCGUUGCCUCCUUUCAAAGUUUCCCCAGCACAGACAUCUCCGUACUGCAGCAGCCCAGGGAGACGGCGUUCUGAAGCUGUGCCUUGGAGUGGCCCUUCUGACAACAUCUCUCCGCCUCACCCGCGCCUAAUUCGAGCAGAGAGUAGAAGAUUUUCCAAAUUAGGGGUAGAGAAGGGGGAGGGGCAUUACCGAGGGAAAGCUAGAGGAGCGGCGUUAACAGAAUAUCUUGCCUGAUACCAGGGAAUUGAUUGACGUGUCUGUGGGGUUACGGAAGAAAACUGAAUAGGCAGCCAAGUUGGCCGAGGAGGGGCUGGGUCCAGGUGCCAGGAAGGUGGUCCCGUCCCCGUUUCCACUGGCGUGAAGGCUUGGAGGCGCCUCUACAGUGAGCUUUUGAACCGCCAUACCCUCCCAAUCCCUUGGAAAGAAGGGGCCGACAGAGCUGAGGAGGGGGUAGUCCAGAAAAAGCCCCUGGACUUGUGUGCGUCGCAUCCUUGGCUUGGGAUUUUAAGGACACGAAGAAUUAACAGCGCCUGAAGGAAAUCCACUGGAGAUGGUUUCAAGAUAUAGAAUCCUUAUAUGUGAGAUAUCCCAAAUGAAGUUGGAGCAUCCAUGUUGAAAUUGCUUCAUGUUGUGGAAUUGAUGAGUGCUACCAGAAAGCUGUAUCAUGAGCUGCCUGUGCUUCUAAAGUGUCCAGUGGAUUUUUAAUCACACGAGCCUGGAAAUAGGGUUAUGAGAAGAAGCUCAGAGCAGAGCAGCAAAAGUGGCCACCAGCAGCAUGAAGAGCCCAACAAUUCAAGCUGAUCACUGCUGGCAGACACAGAUAGAAACACUGAGAAUGAAAUAAGUGGCAAGAACGUUAAACCAGCCUGUCAAUCAAUCAAACUCGAUAUCCAUGAGGACAGUGUUUGUUUUAUGUUCACUGCUGUUCCUGCCCCCAGGACAUAGAAUGCAUCCCACAUAGUGAAGUGAGAAAAACAGAAUGCAGCUUUCAAGGUUCUUUUCAAGCAGUUGGCUUGUGGGACUCUGAGAGAUGCUGCUGCCCAUGACGUGUUGGAAUUAUCAUGAUCAACUACUCAGCUUGGAUUUCACCCAGCGGCCAAGAGCUUUGUGUGGGAGACAGCAAGGGUUGGAUUUUUAAAAAGAGUAAACCAGGCCCGUGACCUAGGUGUAGACUAAGAAGUGGAGUCAUGCUUCACACGGCCAUAUCAUGCUGGCAGCCAUUCCUGGGUCUGGCUGUGGUGUUAAUCUUCAUGGGAUCCACCAUUGGCUGCCCUGCUCGCUGUGAGUGCUCUGCUCAGAACAAAUCUGUUAGCUGUCACAGAAGGCGGUUGAUCGCCAUCCCAGAGGGCAUUCCCAUUGAAACCAAAAUCUUGGACCUCAGUAAAAACAGGCUAAAAAGUGUCAACCCUGAAGAAUUCAUAUCAUAUCCUCUGCUGGAAGAAAUAGACUUGAGUGACAACAUCAUUGCCAAUGUGGAACCCGGAGCAUUCAACAAUCUCUUUAACCUGCGUUCCCUCCGCCUAAAAGGCAAUCGUCUGAAGUUAGUCCCGUUAGGGGUAUUCACGGGGUUGUCCAAUCUCACCAAGCUCGACAUUAGUGAGAAUAAGAUUGUCAUUUUACUAGACUACAUGUUCCAGGAUCUACAUAACCUGAAGUCUCUAGAAGUGGGGGACAAUGAUUUGGUUUAUAUAUCACACAGGGCAUUCAGUGGGCUACUUAGCUUAGAGCAGCUCACUCUGGAGAAAUGCAACUUAACAGCAGUACCAACAGAAGCCCUAUCCCACCUCCGCAGCCUCAUCAGCCUGCAUCUGAAACAUCUCAAUAUCAACAAUAUGCCCGUGUAUGCCUUUAAAAGACUGUUCCACCUGAAACACCUAGAGAUUGACUAUUGGCCUUUACUGGAUAUGAUGCCUGCCAAUAGCCUUUACGGUCUCAACCUCACAUCCCUUUCAAUCACCAACACAAAUCUGUCUACCGUACCUUUCCUCGCCUUUAAACACCUGGUAUACCUGACUCACCUUAACCUCUCCUACAAUCCCAUCAGCACUAUUGAAGCAGGCAUGUUCUCUGACCUGAUCCGCCUUCAGGAGCUUCAUAUAGUGGGGGCCCAGCUCCGCACCAUUGAACCUCACUCCUUCCAAGGGCUCCACUUCCUACGCGUGCUCAACGUGUCUCAGAACCUGCUGGAAACUUUGGAAGAGAAUGUCUUCUCUUCCCCUAGGGCUCUGGAGGUCCUGAGCAUUAACAACAACCCUCUGGCCUGUGACUGCCGCCUUCUCUGGAUCUUGCAGCGACAGCCCACCCUGCAGUUUGGUGGCCAGCAACCCAUGUGUGCUGGCCCAGACACCAUUCGUGAGAGGUCAUUCAAGGAUUUCCAUAGCACUGCCCUUUCUUUUUACUUUACCUGCAAAAAACCCAAAAUCCGUGAAAAGAAGUUGCAGCAUCUGCUAGUAGAUGAAGGGCAGACAGUCCAGCUAGAAUGCAAUGCGGAUGGAGACCCACAGCCUGUGAUUUCCUGGGUGACACCCCGAAGGCGUUUCAUCACCACCAAGUCCAAUGGAAGAGCCACUGUAUUGGCAGACGGCACCUUGGAAAUUCGCUUUGCCCAGGAUCAAGACAGUGGGAUGUAUGUUUGCAUCGCUAGCAAUGCUGCUGGGAAUGACACCUUCACAGCCUCCUUAACUGUGAAAGGAUUUGCUUCAGAUCGCUUUCUUUAUGCGAACAGGACCCCUAUGUACAUGACCGACUCCAAUGACACCAUUUCCAAUGGCACUAAUGCCAAUACAUUUUCCUUGGACCUUAAAACAAUACUGGUAUCAACAGCUAUGGGCUGCUUCACUUUCCUGGGAGUGGUUUUAUUUUGUUUUCUUCUCCUUUUUGUGUGGAGCCGAGGGAAAGGCAAGCACAAAAACAGCAUUGACCUUGAGUAUGUGCCCAGAAAAAACAAUGGUGCUGUUGUGGAAGGGGAGGUAGCUGGACCCAGGAGGUUCAACAUGAAAAUGAUUUGAGGGCCCACCCCUCACACUACUGUCUCUUUGUCAAUGUUGGUAAUCAGUAAGACAGUAUGACACAGGACUAGAUUAAGAGGCAGCCGUGUGCAGCUGCCCCUGUGUCAAAAGCAGGGUCUAUGGAAGCAGGAGGACUUCCAAUGGAGACUCUCCAUCGAAAGGCAGGCAGGCAUGUGUCAGAGCCCUCCACACAGUGGGAUACUAAAUGUUUGCAUUGCAAAUAUUGGCAUUCUGGGGAUCUCAGUAAUGAAACUGAAUCUUUGGCUCACACUCACGGACAAGUAUUCAGCAUUUUCUACCACUGCAAAAA